AUGGGGCUGUUAGCAUUAGGAACGCCGCUCGAUUGGCCCGAAGCAAAAGAGAAGGCAGACCAAGUCCGCCAAUGGGGAAUACAGCAAUUGUUGGCUAUUUGGAACAAGGCCAAAGGCAAGGAGAAGGACGCGUUGCUGUGGGGUGACGAGAUUGAAUAUCUUGUUGUUACGUACAAAGACGACGACCCGAAUGUCACACUGUCGCUACGGCAAGCCGAUAUAUUGCAUGCUCUAGCACACGAUGAGAAGCUGUGUGAUGACGGAGGGUGUGUCCCUGCGCUACAAGAUGUUGGUGGGACGGCCUUGCCAAUCUUCCAUCCGGAAUUUGGCCGUUUUAUGUUGGAAGCCACACCAGGAAAGCCUUGGGGAAUUGGCUUUAGGGAUCUCCUUGAUGUUGAGCCAAACAUGAAACUAAGGCGCAAGAUUGCGAAAGAACAUAUGCACCCUGAAGAGUUCCCAAUCACGUUGACCACGUACCCACGUCUGGGGAGCCCCGGUGUGUUUACUUCGCCAUAUUAUCCUGCCUCGGGUGAGAAACUCCGCUCUCAGUUCGUGCCAGAUGAGAUCGCAAACCCGCAUAUCCGUUUUCCAACGUUAGCGGCCAAUAUCCGAGCUCGGAGAGGCCGGAAGGUCCAGGUUAAUGUUCCAGUUUACAAAGACAAAAAUACCCCUUCGCCUUGGAAGGAUCCUACAGUAAACUAUGACUUACAUAAGUGGCCAGAGGACGACGAUGUCCGUCAGGGGGCGGCACCAGAUAAUUUCAUCCAUAUGGAUGCUAUGGCGUUUGGCAUGGGUAGCUGUUGUCUGCAAAUUACAUUUCAGGCAAAGAAUAUUACCGAAGGCCGGACGAUGUACGAUCAAUUGAGCCCUUUGGGACCAAUUCUUCUAGCUUUGACCGCAGCCACCCCCAUAUAUAAAGGAUUCCUCGCAGACACAGAUGUACGAUGGAACCAGAUUAGUGCUGCUGUAGACUGUCGGACACCUGAGGAGCUCGGAGAAAAGCCGCUGAAAAAUGAUCGAUGGCGAAUCGCAAAGUCGCGAUAUGCUCCAAACUCAACCUACAUCUCUGAUGACCCGCGAUUACGGAAGGAAUACUUGGAUCCAAAUCUCAUUAUAGAUCCCGAUGUCAAGCAGCAGCUUAUGAACGGGGGGAUGGAUUCCCUUCUAGCAACACACUUUGCGCAUCUAUUCAUUCGCGACCCGAUUGUUGUUUUUGCCGAGGAUUUGGAAGAAUUAGAUCUGAAUAAGACUGAUCACUUCGAAAACCUUCAAUCGACUAAUUGGCAACAUAUCCGCUUCAAGCCCCCACCAGCAAACAAUGACAUCGGCUGGCGGGUAGAAUUUCGACCAAUGGAGAUUCAAGUCACCGAUUUUGAGAACGCUGCCUUCUCCGUUUUCAUGGUCUUGAUCACUCGAGCUAUUUUAAGUUAUGAUUUGAACUUCUACAUCCCGAUCACGAGAACGGAUGAGAAUAUGCAGACGGCGCACAGGCGCGACGCAGUAUUAGAAGAGAAGUUCUACUUCAGGAAGAACCCCUUCCCAAUUAGAGCUCCUCGGCCGCAUUCCGCCAAUGGAGCCUCGAACUCGGGUACCAAUACACCUCAUAUUUUGAGUAGACCUCCGACGCCCACGGGUCCUGUGGAAGAUGAGUAUGCUCUAAUGGGUAUUGACGAGAUCAUGAAUGGCAGCAAAAGAGAUUCAGGCAACAACUUCCCUGGUUUGAUACCCCUGGUUGAAAGCUAUCUAGACAGCAUGAACGUAGACGUGGAAACGCGGUGCGAGCUGGCUUCUUAUCUGGACUUAAUCCGGAAGCGUGCUAAUGGGUCCUUAUGGACUGCUUCGAAAUGGAUCCGCAAUUUUGUGCAGAACCAUGAGGACUACAAGGGGGAUAGCGUGGUUGGGGAGAAGAUCAAUCAUGAUUUGAUUGGUGCUGUUAUUGCAAUCGAGGGGCCUGGGAAGAAGGAUGUUGCCAAUGUGGAGAAGUUCCUGGGAUCAGUUUGA